AUGUCAACGGAAACAGACGCUUUCACCAUCAAUCUGCGAGAUUUAAGUACUGUUCUUCAAGAGCUAAAGCUAUAUAAUACAUCUCUGUCUUCAGAUUUUCUAUGGCCUCUGGAUGAAUCUGGUCGGCCUCUACAAAACACUGGAGCGCUGCAAUGGCCUGAUCUAAUGAUUCUAGAGCUAAAUUAUGUGCCCCCAUUCCUCCCUUCAGGUAAAUGGCUCGCCUUGCCGACACCCGAAGAGCAAGCCAAAAUAGAUGAACCAAACGAGGGGAUAAGUAGCCCAGAUGACAUAAUCUGUGACUGCGAGUGCGGAUUCGCAAGGCGAGAGAUGGUCGACACUGAGGAAUACCAUCGCUUUUUCACGUCCAUGGGCCACGCAGCACGACACAUGCCCCGGUUAAAAUAUAUUAAAUUUCAUCUGGAGCAUAGCACAUGGCUCGAUAUCUCCUUCCGAACUGACUCGGACCCUAUUACUGCUGAAUGGCACUCUCGAGCGAUCCCUGAGUUCACCCAGAUCAACGGGUUGCUGAAGCUUGGGGUUUUCAGAUUGAGGGUUUCCACUUUGAGCCAGACAACUUUGACGCCGUCGUGA